CGUCAAUCUCACUAAUCCCGCUGAGAAAUGGCUAAGGCUAGUCAGAAGGAGCUCGAACAAGCGAAGUUGGAGGAGUACAUCGAGAAAAUCCACUAUUCUGAACGAUACUCCGACGAUCUCUAUGAAUAUCGCCAUGUCAUUCUCCCUAAGCCACUCUUCAAGAUGAUUCCAAAGCAGUUCUUCAACCCCGAUAGUAGUGGCACAUUACGACUUCUGUCGGACAAGGAAUGGAGAGGCAUCGGGAUAACGCAAAGUCUCGGCUGGGAACAUUACGAAGUGCAUGCACCCGAACCACACGUUUUGCUCUUCCGACGACCGAAGGACUUCGACGAACAGCUACGGCGGCAGCAGUUAAUGGAGCAGAUGCAAGCCGGCAAGACCGCCAAGCUUGCACCACGACGAAAGGUGUAAGAUCGGGCUGCUGGAAUCACCAUCGUUUGUGUAUCACUCGUUUAUCUUCCUAUCCUGUUGUGAGGUUCGUCUUUGUCAUCCUUCUCUUUGGGCUUAUCAUCACUCGAACGCUUCCACGACAGUCUUUGAUGUAUGUAAUCAACACUUUAAUGGUAC